GCACGGUGCACAGGUUCGAUGAGUACUGCAGUUUGCUCGACUCAUCCUCAGCUUCUUCCCUCGCCUUUAGGAGAAUCCAGCUAAAAUGGCCUUCGUCGGUUUUCUUAAGAAUGAAGACAUUACUGCCGCCCUGCAGGCAUGCCAAGCCGCUGACUCAUUCAACUACAAGGCCUUCUUUGCCAAGGUCGGUCUGAGCGGCAAGUCUACUGAUGAGGUGAAGAAAGCCUUCGAAAUCCUGGAUCAGGACAUGAGCGGCUUCAUUGAGGAGGAUGAAUUGAAGCUGUUUCUGCAGAAUUUCUCCGCAGGCGCCAGAGUUCUGACUGAUGCCGAGACAAAGACCUUCCUUAACGCUGGUGACUCAGACGGUGACGGCAAAAUCGGAAUUGAUGAGUUUGCUUCCCUCGUCAAGGCAUAAAUACCAACUGACCAAGCCCAACACCUCCUGCUUUCAAGGAACAACAUUUUUUUUCAAAAACGGCCUCUCUCAUCCGAAUUAUAAAUACUUUUGAUAUAUUUGCUUUAUGAAAUGUCUGCCGACUGCUUCUACCUUUGCAUCACAAGAAAAAAAAAAGAAGAUUUGUAAAUGUUGCUGUGUUGUGUUUUGUUUUAAUUAUGAAUUUUGCUAAUUGUAAAAUCUAUGAUGCGCGUUUCA